AUGUUGCGUUAUUUGGGCUCAAGUAACCUGAAGAGAGUACUCCAGCGAAAGUGUGUGCGUUAUAUUUCAAUUAGCGGGAUUACAUUGCAGAGUCAAAAGUUCCUCAACAGACAAAGACCACCUUUUCAGUCGGGUCAACCAUUGUAUGAAACCCGUCCUUUUCUUUUAAAACCCGGUGAACUAACAGCAGGGAUCACUGCUACUGAGUACUUCGAGCGGAGACUGAAACUCGCUAGACGGCUGCCUCCAAAGAGUUGCGUGAUACUUGCCGGCGCACAAGUUAAAUACGCUUCUGGCCCUGUGUUCUACCCCUUUCAACAAGAUAAUGACUUCUAUUAUUUGACUGGAUGGAAUGAACCGGAUUCGGUAAUGGUUCUGGAAAAGCCUACCAACAAUAUCGAAGACACUGUCUUACAUCUUAUUGUUCCGCCGAAAGAUGCCUUCUCAGAACAGUGGGAGGGGUACCGCACUGGAACUGAGGGCGCUUGUGAGAUUUUCAAUGCAGAUGAAGCUACUGACACUCGUCAAUUAUCGGUAUACAUAACCAAGAUUGUUCAGAGAAAUGACUACAUCUAUUUUGACAAACCGAAAGAAAAUACUGAUUCUCGCGCCUCCUCUUUCUUUGAGUCCUUCUUCUCCGUAUCAAGCCAUCCACCAUCGGCGAUUUCUAUCAACGAUAUCAUCAAACAAUCCGGCACGCAUAAAAAGGUACGUGGGAUCAAAAAAGUAAUAGCUGAUCUGAGAUCCUUAAAGUCACCUGCAGAAAUCAAAAUAAUGAGGAGGGCCGGCCAGAUAUCAGGAAGAGCGUAUAACCAAGCCUAUGCCCAACGAUUUCGUAAUGAGAGGACGUUAAAGUCUUUUUUGGAAUAUCAGUUUGUUUCUGGGGGUUGCGAAAAAUCUGCAUAUGUCCCUGUUGUAGCAACAGGAGAAAACGCUCUUUGUAUUCAUUAUACUCGAAACGAUGAUGUGAUGUAUGAUGAUGAACUAGUGCUCGUGGAUGCCGCCGGUUCAUUGGGUGGAUACUGUUCAGAUAUAUCGAGAACUUGGCCAGUAAGCGGACGUUUCACAGCAGCCCAGAAAGAUUUAUAUGAAGCUGUUUUGAAUGUUCAAAGGAAGUGUAUCAAGCUUUGUGUGUCGUCCAACUUUUAUUCCCUGCAUGAUAUUCACGAAAAGAGCGUAUCCUACAUGAAGGAAGAGUUGAAAAACGUUGGUCUUACAAACCUCCAAACAUGGGAUGUAACAAAACUAUAUCCACAUUAUAUUGGACAUAAUCUGGGUCUCGACGUUCAUGAUGUUCCUGAAGUAUCGAGACAUCAACCUCUGCAACAAGGUCAGGUAAUCACAAUUGAACCCGGCUUAUAUAUCCCUGAUGAUCCAAAAUACCCCUCUUAUUUCAGAAAUAUCGGUAUUAGAAUAGAAGACGAUAUUGCAGUAGGAUUGGAUAGCUAUACGAAUUUAACCGUUGAGGCUGCCAAAGAGAUAGUUGAUAUUGAAGAUAUUGCACAAAAUGGCAUAAAAUCAAAAUUUGAAAGUGACGUUACAAUCCCUUUGAAGUAG